UCUGCGCUGUUGGGGAACACUUUUGUGCGCCUGCGCGGCGGCCGGCUCGGCGGACAGUUUGAAUUUUGGCUCUGGAAGUUGGUUUCACGAUUGGGCGUUUCGGUCGUAGUCUGGUGCAUUCGGUCCCCAGCCACGGCGCAGGCUCUUUGCUCCAGACUCCGCGAGGUCGCUGGCUCGGAAGCCACCCGAGGAGGCAUCGCUUAGCAGGUUCGGGGAGCGGGCGGCACGGAGGGUCGGCCCCCGCCUUGCCGGGUUGCGGGUUCCAGCGCGGCCAACCUGGGCCUGGGCAAAAUCGACAUUGUUAUGAGGGACGCCUAAAGGAUGGCCUCAGAUCUAGAACAGUUAUGCUCUUACAUUAAUGAGAAGAUUGAGAAUAUUAAGAAAAUUCUGUCGAUAAGAAAUCUUGGCCAGGAACCUGCCUUGAAGACCACCUUAAGUAAAAUAGGCGAUGAGAUCAUUAUAGUAAAUGAGCUUCUAAAUAAAAUUGAAUUGGAAAUUCAGUAUCAAGAACAAACUAACAGUUCACUCAAGGAGCUCUGUGAAUCUCUUGAAGAAGAAUUUAAAGAUGUGGAGCAUCUCAAAGAACAUGUUCCUUCCCAUUUGCCUCAUGUGACGGCGACCCAGAGCUCAGUUCACAAGCCAGAUCUGGAUCCUAAAGAGUCAGCUAAAGCUGAGGAGCCUGUGCUGCCAAAGAAGCCUCCUAAGGAGCAGAGGAUUAUUAAGGAGAUGCACUUUAUAACUACGGAUGAGUUCGGUGGCGUUCCCUCGUACAUGAAAUCCCGUUUAACAUAUUGUCAAAUUAAUGAUGUUAUUAAGGAAAUUAACAAGGCAGUAGUUAGUAAAUAUAAGAUUAUACAUCAACCAAAAGCAUCUAUGAGCUCUGUGAAGAGAAGUCUCUACCAAAGAUUUAUUAAUGAAGAAACGAAGGACACAAGAGGUCAUUACUUCAUUGUGGAAGCUGACAUAAAGGAAUUCACGGCUUUGAAAGUUGACAAGAAGUUUUAUGUGAUCAUGAACAUUUUGCGGCAUUGCCAGAGACUGUCAGAGAUCCGAGGGGGAGGACUUACCCGAUAUGUCAUAACCUGAGGCCGAAGGCUUGGGACUGACUGGCAGUAGGGUAGAGAGGGUAGUUUUGAAAUUUCAUAUAUAUUUUUAGCUUCUCCGUUUCCUGGCCUUGUUUGUUACAGAAGUAAAACUUUGGAUAAUGCAUAUAUAUUUUCAAAAUGUACUGCCUUUAGGAGUAUGGAUGAAGCUGUAGCUCACAAGCACAAUAAGCCAGUCAGAAAGACAAAUUCUGACUCACGUGGAACCUCUGUGUGUAAGAGUCAGGAGACCAGAAGGAGGAUCUUGAGAAGUAUGGAGAAAAGGGGAACAGAGAAGGCAGUGGACUACUGUCAUAGGAGAACAGAAGCAAGGAUUGCCGGGAACCAGCCAGGGGAAGGGUAGCAGGGACACAGGCAGGAGGUGGAUUAGGAUAAAGCGCGAUGCCACAAGAUAUAUUGUAAGCCGCCUUCUGUCCAGCGGAAAUAAGGAGGCAAACACAAGCCCUUCUCCAAGCAGGUUUUAUUCAGGAACCUUCAUUUUUACUUCUUCUUAUUAAUCUCUCUAAUCUCUUCAGUAGUAGUCUCUCUAGUAGUAUCUAGUAGUCUCUCUUCCUCAACCCUCAGCCUUCGCAGGUUAAAUACUUUCCCUGGUCUCAAUCAGUAUCAAUUACGUGGCAAAGCAUAACAGGCUGCGGGAAAAUCAUACCAGCUUGCAUCACAAACUAGAGGCACUCAGCUUCUCCAACUAAGGGCUUGAUUAUCAAUGCUCUCUGCUCUGACCAGAGACCAGGUGUUCAAUAUAGGGUGGCAGCUGCGGCUCCCCACAAUAUAUAAAAAUGUAGGAGCGGGACUCAUUUCUUUGUAUGCUAACAUAAAAAUUAAUUUAAAAAAG